CUUGGAUUUCUAAUCCACAACUAUUACUCCAGCACUUUCAAUAAUUUGCAAUAUGCAAUGCUUUCCUACCAGUUAGCAGAUCUGAGACUUGCUUACAAAAUACUGAAAGGUAUGGACAGCGCCUCCUUCUAUUAUACUCCCCUUAAAUGCAAACUGGAUUUGCAACUGGCUUCUAAUGCUUCCUAUCAGCCCCUUAUUGAUACUGAUACUGAUACUCAUAUCUUUCCUUUUGAGUAUUUUAUUCCUCAUUGCACUCCUAAUAACAUACCCUGAAACAAGAAAUUACCCAGAUAUUUAACCCAGUGAGUCACACUCGAAUAGUAAGGAAUUGCUUGCAAGGUUCUUUAUGGAACACUUAAAAUAUAAAUAAAGCUACUACAAUAAGGUUCUGUCAUAACUCAUAGGAUGUGCUGUCAGUCAUAUAUCAUAUUAAUUGAAAUGUUAAUUGCAUAGCCGAAUGGGUGGAGCUAACAUAUUGAUAGACAAGGAUAUAUGUAUAUUUAUUAAUUAUAAAUUCCUAAAUCUACAUUUAUAUAUUUUAUGUUAUUUAUAUUUUAGAUACUUUUUUUUGGUGUUUGUGUUUUAAGUUUAUUAAAGUCACUAGUUACUAACAUUACAAUGCAGUGUAUUUAAAUAAUCAGGAUACGUCCUGGGGGAUUGGACUUCAAACUCCAGACAUUGUUCACAUUAUUUAAAGGGGCACUAUAGCCACCAGAACAAAUAUAGCUUCAUGUAGUUAUUCUGGUAUGUAUAGUAGGUCCCUGCAGGAAUUUUCAUGUAAAUGCUUUAAAAAAAAAAAAAAGAGUGUUUACUGCAUUUGCAGAUAAAAGGCAGUGUUUACAUUACUACAGUACCUAGGGACACCUCCAGUAGCAGUCACUGAGUUGGCCACUAGAGGUGUUUCCUGGGACAGUGCUGCACGGGAGACGCUGAUCAUUUCUCAGCGAUGCAUUGGCUCUGACCCACAACCUGCAUCCUUGGCUGAGAUUAUAAGAAAUCAGUGGGUACUUGGAUCCCUGGCUGAUCAUUAUGGGAGCAUUUGUUCUGUAUCUCUGGUGGGGCAGACUACUGUAUUCACACUUAAAGGACCACUCUAGGCACCCAGACCACUUCAGCUUAAUGAAGUGGUCUGGGUGCCAGGUCCCUCUAGGACUAACCCUUUUUUUUAUAAACAUAGCAGUUUCAGAGAAACUGCCAUGUUUAUAAAUGGGUUAAUCCAGCCUCUAAAGCCUCUAGUGGCUGUCUCAUUGACAGCCGCUAGAGGCGUUUGCGUGCUUCAGUGAGACGACGCCAGCAUCCAUAGGAAAGCAUUAUGAAUGCUUUCCUAUGAGACUGGCUGAAUGUGCGCGCAGCUCCUGCCGCGCAUGCGCAUUCAGCCAGGGAGGAGGAGAGCUCCCCGCCCGGCACUGGAAAAAAGGUACGUUUAACUCCUUUCCUUGCCAUCCAGCCCGGCGGGAUUGGGACCCUGAGGGUGGGGGCACCCUCAGGGCACUAUAGUGGUCCUUUAAUGCUCUGGCUCAUUCACUGAGUAUCAGAAUCAUGAAGGAGAGCAUAAAGGGAACACUUAAACAAGUCAAUCACACUUCUGUGAAAUCAAACUGUCCACUUAGGAAGCAACACUGAGUGACAAUCAAUUUCACAUACUGUUGUGCAAAUGGGAUAGACAACAGGCGGAAAUUAUAGGCAAUUAGCAAGACGCCUCCAAUAAAAGAGUGGUUCUGCAGGUGGUGACCACAGACCACUUCUCAGUUCCUAUGCUUCCUGACUGAUGUUUUGGUCACUUUUGAAUGCUGGCAGUGCUUUCACUCUAGUGGUAGCAUGAGACGGAGUCUACAACCCACACAAGUGGCUCAGGUAGUGCAGCUCAUCCAGGAUGGCACAUCAAUGCGAGCUGUGGCAAGAAGGUUUGCUGUGUCUGUCAGCGUAGUGUCCAGAGCAUGGAGGCGCUACCAGGAGACAGGCCAGUACAUCAGGAGACGUGGAGGAGGCCCAGCAGCAGGACCGCUACCUCCUCCUUUGUGCAAGGAGGAACAGGAGGAGCAAUGCCAGAGCCCUGCAAAAUGACCUCUAGCAGGCCACAAAUGUGCAUGUGUCUGCUCAAACGGUCAGAAACAGACUCCAUGAGGGUGGUAUGAGGGCCCGACGUCCACAGGUGGGGGUUGUGCUUACAGCCUAACACUGUGCAGGACGUUUGGCAUUUGCCAGAGAACACCAAGAUUGGCAAAUUCGCCACUGGCGCCCUGUGCUCUUCACAGAUGAAAGCAGGUUCACACUGAGCACAUGUGACAGACGUGACAGAGUCUGGAGACGUUGUGGAGAACGUUCUGCUGCCUGCAACAUCCUCCAGCAUGAUCAGUUUGGCAGUGGGUCAGUAAUGGUGUGGGGUGGCAUUUAUUUGGGGGGCCGCACAGCCCUCCAUGUGCUCGCCAGAGGUAGCCUGACUGCCAUUAGGUACCGAGAUGAGAUCCUCAGACCCCUUGUGAGACCAUAUGCUGGUGCGGUUGGCCCUGGGUUCCGCCUAAUGCAAGACAAUGCUAGACCUCAUGUGGCUGGAGUGUGUCAGCAGUUCCUGCAAGACGAAGGCAUUGAUGCUAUGGACUGGCCCGUCCGUUCCCCAGACCUGAAUCCAAUUGAGCACAUCUGGGACAUCAUGUCUUGCUCCAUCCACCGUCACGUUGCACCACAAACUGUCCAUGAGUUGGCAGAUGCUUUAGUCCAGGUCAAAGAGGAGAUCCCUCAGGAGACCAUCCGCCACCUCAUCAGGAGCAUGCACAGGCGUUGUAGGGAGGUCAUACAGGCAUGUGGAGGCCACACACUACUGAGCCUCAUUUUGACUUGUUUUAAGGACUUUACAUCAAAGUUGGAUCAGCCUGUAGUGUGUUUUUCCACUUUAAUUUUAAAUGUGACUCCAAAUCCAGACCUCCAUGGGAUGAAAAAUUUGAUUUCUAUUAUUUAAUUUUUGUGUGAUUUUGUUGUCAGCACAUUCAACUAUGUAAAGAACAACGUAUUUCAGAAGAAUAUUUAAUUCAGUCAGAUCCACGAUGUGUUAUUUUUGUGUUCCCUUUAUUUUUUUGAGCAGUGUAUAUAGCAUCCCUGCUGCUUGUCCAAUUCUGUUACACCUAAAUACUUAUUGGCUCUUUUUUUCUUUUAGGAGUGCAUCCUAUUUAUGCUAACCACGCAAACUUAUUUUUGCUAAUGUUUUGAAUCACGGUAGGUUCAUUUUAUUUAUUUUUUUAUUCAUAAGAGUUUGGAACUCUUUGAAACAGCAUCUCAUUAAAUCUCAUGCUGAACCAGGGACAUACAUGUCACAAUGCUGCCUGAGAUUAUUGGGAUUUUAUGUCCUGUGCAGCAUAUGCUGCCAUUGCGGAUCAAUUUAUUCAUGACCUGAAUCAAUAUAGCAGCACAUGCCACCCAAGGCUGUAACUCAGAGUAAUCACAGGCAACAUUGUGACACAUAGCUCACACACACGGGGCCCAAAAAAUUGAGUUGCUUCCUGUUCUCCAAGAACAUUGAAUUUUGUGGCCACAGUUACAGUCUCCAGAGAUCCUGUUCUACACCAGACCAGUGGAGCCAGACUGCAGCCAGAGCCCAUCAUCAUCCUCAUCUGGUUGUAAGUAGGCAAUCUAGUAUAUUAUUAGUGACACUAAUCUAUAAUUUACCUCACAUUAAAGGGACCCUAUAGUCACCAGAACCACUGCAGCUUAAUGUAGUGGUUCUGGUGUCUAUAGUCUGUCCCUGCAGGCUUUUUAAUGUAAACACACACUGUGUGCAGCACUGGCGUUAGUUCAUAUGGCAGAUCAUAUGGGUGGGGCAUUGUGAUGUCACAUGGGGGAGGGCGGGGACGGCAAAUUUCUUUUGCCUAGGGAGGCAAAAAUCUUUGCACCGUCCCUGAGUCUAGACCAACACAAAAAAAACAUAAUAUCUUUAGUUGUAUGAAAUCCUGGUGUGCUGGUGUGGGGGUACAUACGCAUAAUUGAUUACUACAACAUUUACAUACCAGUGGUAUUAUUACUGGCAUUUAUAAAAGAUCAACAUGUUCUGCAACACUGUAAAAUCAGAUAAAAAGACCAUACAAUAUAAUGUUGAUGUGUUAAAAUCAGUUGUUGUUUUGUCUGUGAAUUUCUGUAAUAUACAGUUGCAAGAAAAAGUAUGUGAACCCUUUGGAAUGUUAUGGAUUUCUGUACAAAUUGGUCAUAAAAAGUGAUCUGAUCAUCAUCUAAGUCACAACAAUAGACAAUCACAGUCUGCUUAAACUAAUAACACACAAAGAAUGAAAUGUUGCCAUGUUUUUAUUGAACACACCAUGUAAACAUUCACAGUGCAGGUGGAAAAAGUAUGUGAACCCCUAGACUAAUGACAUCUCUAAGAGCCAAUUGGCGUGAGAUGUCCGCCAACUGGAGUCCAAUCAAUGAGAUGAGAUUGAAGGUGUUGGUUACAGCUGCCCUGCCCUAUAAAAAAAAAAAAAAACUCACCAGUUCUGGGUUUGCUUUUCACAAGAAGCAUUGCCUGAUGUGAAUGAUGCCUUGCACAAAAGAGCUCUCAGAAGACCUACGAUUAAGAAAUGUUGACUUGCAUAAAGCUGGAAAGGGUUAUAAAAGUAUCUCCAAAAGCCUUGCUGUUCAUCAGUCCACGCUAAGACAAAUUGUCUAUAAAUGGAGAAAGGUCAGCACUGCUGCUACUCUCCCUAGGAGUGGCCGUCCUGUAAAGAUGACUGCAAGAGCACUGCGCAGACUGCUCAAUGAGGUGAAGAAGAAUCCUAGAGUGUCAGCUAAAGAUUUACAAAAGUCACUGGCAAAUGCUAACAUCCCUGUUAGCGAAUCUACAAUACGUAAAACACUAAACAAGAAUGGAUUUCAUGGGAGGAUACCACAGAGGAAGCCUCUGCAGUCCAAACAAAACAUUGCUGCACGUUUACAGUUUGCACAAGAGCACCUGGAUGUUCCACAGCAGUACUGGCAAAAUAUUCUGUGGACAGAUGAAACCAAAGUUGAGUUGUUUGGAAGAAACACACAACACUAUGUGUGGCGAAAAAAAGGCACAGCACACCAACAUCAUCCCAACUGUGAAGUAUGGUGGUGGGGACAUCAUGGUUUGGGGCUGCUUUGCUGCGUCAGGGCCUGGACGGAAUGCUAUCAUCUAAGGAAAAAUUAAUUCCCAAGUUUAUCAAGACAUUUUGCAGGAGAACUUAAGGCCAUCUGUCUACCAGCUGAAGCUCAACAGAAGAUGGGUGUUGCAAUAGGACAAUGACCCAAAGCAUAGAAGUAAAUCAACAACAGAAUGGCUUAAACAGAAGAAAAUACGCCUUCUGAAGUGGCCCAGUCAGAGUCCUGAACUCAGUCCUGAACCUAUCCCAUUCUGAAGAAGCCACUUAUGGUGAAACGCGUUUAUGGUUAUUAAUUCUGUAUUUUACUGUGUAUUUUAGAUCAAUAAAAGUUUUUUGGCUACUUUAUUGUACCAAUCCUCUUUUUAUUGCACUCUUUAUGCACUUUAAACAACUUUUGUUUUUACCUAUUCCUGGCAUUUUAACCUUUCCUGGUUACUUUUACUUCCAUUGGCAAUUUUAAAGUUCCAGUACUCCAAGAAAUCCUAGGUGGGGAUCAUACCACCGGCGCCUAUCCAUAGAGCAGUACCUCUGCUCUAUCUUUGUGAGUAUUAUUUUAUUUUCUCUACUACUCUCUUAACCUAUCACAAUUGAGAGCACUAUUGCUGCUUUUUAUUCUUCUAUAUUGGAGCCUUGGAUCACCAGACGGUGCUGACGGACGUAUCGCCGCUACAUAUCCUAUAAGCGGGGAUUAUACCGCUGUACGCUAUCCACACCAGAGCUGGCCAUAGCUCCCUCAAAUGUGAGUUUUUUACCUCUUCUUAUCUGCACAUUGAACCACAUCAAAAUUGAGAGCACUAUUGUUGCUUUCUGUCUUUCUUUUUCGAGCUCUGGACUACCAGGCGGUGCUGACGGAGACCCCUCCCUACAUAUCCCAUAAGCGGGGAUUAUACCGCUGUACGCAAUCCACACCAGAGCUGGCCAUAGCUCUCCUGAAUGUGAGUUCUUUACUUUUUGUUACCUAUCACACCCUGAACUUUCAUACUAUACCAUUAGUCGCCUCUACCUCUCUUGUAUUUACAUAUACGGAACGGUCUACACCAGACGCAUCCACAGAGGAACUCUAUCAAGUAUCCUAGACCAUCUAUUGGCACCCUAGCAAUACUUUACUGGACUAUCUACCCUUAUUUGGCGCAGCCCUUCCAUAUCUUUUUGUAUCAACCCGAUUGAGAUGCUGUGGCAUGACCUCAAGAAAGCGAUUCACACCAGACAUCCCAAGAAUAUUGCUGAACUGAAACAGUUCUGUAAAGAGGAAUGGUCAAGAAUUACUCCUGACCGUUGUGCACAUCUGAUCUGCAACUACAGGAAACAUUUGGUUGAAGUUAUUGCUGCCAAAGGAGGUUCAACCAGUUAUUAAAUCCAAGGGUUCACAUACUUUUUCCACCUGCACUGUGAAUGUUUACAUGGUGUGUUCAAUAAAAACAUGGCAACAUUUCAUUCUUUGUGUGUUAUUAGUUUAAGCAGACUGUGAUUGUCUAUUGUUGUGACUUAGAUGAUGAUCAGAUCACAUUUUAUGAUCAAUUUGUGCAGAAAUCCAUAUCAUUCCAAAGGGUUCACAUACUUUUUCUUGCAACUGUAAAUGGCUUAUGGCACUAGCAUCAAUUGCGCUUGCAUCAAAACUGACUUUAUAAUGGCGAUUUAUCUGAUAAAUGUGUAUGUGUCCUAAAUACAGGUCAUAUUCGUAGCCAACAUGGCGGCAGUAGACAGUUUUCACCUUUUGUAUCGCGAGGUGGCCAAGUCAUGCCAAAGUCACGUGGAAGUUUUGACUGUGAUUGGAGCCUGCUAUGUCACUUGGAAAGGUCUCCGUACCCUGUACGAGUGUUGCAGUCUUUUCCAGUUGCAUGUCACACCUUGUCUCAUCAGGAGGACCAGCCUCACCAAGCAGUAUGGAGAGUGGGCUGUAGUAACAGGUGAGCUAGAUGUGCUUUAGUGGUUAAAUUAUAAGUCCUUGCAUUUAUUUUCAUUGUUUGGUGACCAUAGUCUCUAUAUGUCUGUCUCAUGUUCCACUUAAAUUGAUGAAUGAAAAUGCAGAUCGUAGUUCAGAAUCCCAUACUGUAUGUAUGUUGACAUCACAUUUCAUAAUAUGCAGGGAAUAAUACAUAGUUCCCCUCCAUGCAGUUUAGAGGUCCUAAUCUCAGGCAGAGGUAGGCUAUACGUUUGUGGUCCGUCUUAGAUUAGUAAGAGUUACAUAUCCGAGCGGCAGUGGCUGUCAUUUUAAUUCUCAGUCUCUACUGAACUGAAUUAAUGUCGGCAGCUGAAAUCAAUGGCGCCUGGGAGUGUAUGUUCCACUUUGGUCCUUACAUGACCCCAAAACAGUACAUACUAACCCAAACUCCAACCCCAACACACUAACUGAAGCCUAAAAUGUCAAGUAAUAUAACAAGGCAUAAAGACUAAGGUUAUUAGGAAACAUACUGCCAUCUUGUGGUUCUGAAGACACUUAUAAACCAAUUGAUUGUUGCUGGCAUUAUUUCCCCAUAAUACAUGUAAUGUAUUACAUAACAAAAUUCCCACUUGGUUACAAGCCAUUGGCAAAAAAAAAAUCAUUCCUGAUAACUGUGCCAUUGAUCUACUGCCUUGAUGCUGUUGGAAGCACCAUCAUGGAACACAGAGCUGCAUGUGGAACCUGCAGUAGUGAUGUUAAACCAGGGCAUUAGGCAGCCACAUGUUAUCAAAAAUUAAUAAGAAAAAUUAGUAAGAUCCCCAUGUCACGAACGCACCCUACUCCAAGAGUGUGUGUGACGUAGUUGUGGUGGUGAAAGGGUUAAAGUACACUAUUUGUCUGCACUAGACCGGAAAUAAUGACAAAAUCCCCCUUUAACACCACCCACACUUAAACAUAAUAAUAUAACUAUUACUACUUUAACGCUGCCACCACCAAGACAAUUUAUAAAUGGGGUGCCUUGGUCCCCCAGGUAAAUCAAUAAUAAAACCCACCAAAUAUUACUUAGUACAAUAUUUAAGGAAUUAUAAAAAUACUAACUAGUCUCUUCAGGUAACGUGAUUCUUAACCAGACAAAGGCAAAACUUAAUAAAUGAAUGUUUAUUAUGAGCAAAAGAUAGUCACAGUGCAUAUAAAAAUAUAUGAUAAACAAAUUAUUUACACCAACAACAGAUAAAAACAAAAAGGAUAAAAUACAGAAGUCCUAAUUACUCACUUAGGUUUUCAAAGUACAACUUCUGUCCAGGGGGUCUCUGGCAAGGAAAGAUGGUGACUCACCCAAAAUUAGAUCUUGGCCCCAAGCAAGUACACAAGCACCCUUCAGGAUCAUUAGAUAUAUACCCUGUGGUUUAUCAAGUCUUGCCCAGGGGUGGAGUUAAGGCGUACCUACAGAAAUAAUAACUGACCACCUCCUUUGUUCCAGACCACUGUCAAUCCAAAUGGAAACAUUUGACUCUAUCUUCUUUUUUGUACCUGCCACAGAAAUAUUAAUUGCAUCUACAAAUUUGUUAUUAUUUUCCCAUUCCAUAGACAUGUUGCACGUCCCACCCACGAUCCAAUAGGACGGACAUCACAAUUCCUUUCCCUAGGGUCAAGUUAGGCCACUCAUGUUUGGACUUGGUUAGAAGAUGGCGCUUGUCACAUUCCAAAUAUAACAAAAAUGAGGCUUAAUUAUUAUUCUGUGGGGGUAAAUAUGAAUGUUUUUGUCCUUCCUUUGGAUAUGAUACUAGAACAAAGCUAAUGGCAUUUACAUAUCAAAGAGAUUUACUUACAUCACUUCCAUUUGGUACAGGCCAAAUGGAUGAAGAGACAUUCAGACUUUUUCCAAGUGUAGAACCUCACACCUUGCAGACUUCACAUCCAUACAGUAAAAUCCUUUUCACAUUCCUAUGCCAUUCACACUACCCCUUCUGUCAUCUGCCCUCUGUGGGGGUCCCAGCUUCAAAAGAUGUAACCCCUGUUGACCUCAGCAAUAGCAUCUCUGUAAUUUGUGCCAUUUACUACAAGAAAUCACAUUAAAAGAUGAUAUUCCAUAGUGUCAUAAUAAAUUAUACACCCUUGCCGUGACACCUCCCCCAAAUAAGAGACGCAAUGGGAGAAGGCUCACAUGCCUCUACCUUGUGUAUCAACACCUUUUUUGCCUCCACCUCAUAUACUCAUCUUUUUCAGAACUCUGGUUCUACAUGAAUGGGGUAACCCUCACGUGUUCACACACCUCCCCCAAAAAGGCUUGCCCUUUGUCCCUAAGCCAUAUCACAGCCAUAUCCACAACACGCAUGCCUGAUUUGCCUGUUUCCAUCUCCCACUGCGCUCUGAUCACAUCUCUCAGGCCACACCCACUGCGCCCGUGUAGUAGCUCUAAGGGGAAGAAACCAACCGAUUUCUGCAGUACUCCCCUGUAAGCACACACAAGAUGAGACAGAGGACACUCCCAGGGUACCUGCACUGUAUCCACACUCCUUAUCUGUUUUAUUUUGUGGUCUGUCUGCUGGGCUCGUUGCACCUUUUUACUCUGAACCUUUGGUUCAGAAUCAAAAAGUUGCUUAGAGACAGACGCCUUCUCCUGAGCUGGCUUGGGUGUAUGUUGGAGGUGUGAUUGUGAUAUGCUGACAAGGAUGGUGGUUCCCCCAUCAGUAUGUUCCCCUGCGGCCAUUUUCCCUGGACCCACAGGUUGAGACUGUCCAUGCCCCUCACUUUGGGCAGACCGUGGACGGGUCCCCCUAUCUACUGAUGGAACCUCUGUCUCUCCCUCACCUCCACUCCAUGUCCUCACACACACAGCACCUUGGGAACUGGCUGAGUCUUGUGCAGAGUAAGGCUCACACACACUCUGCCCUCCCUCAAAGCCAUGCUCUCCCUCCACACUUUCACACAGCCCAGCCAAUACAUUGGCGUCAGGCAGAUUUUGGCACACAUAUUCAUUCAACCCUCUCUCCCUAGAAUUCUCUUCUGGCACAUUGUCACAUAACACCUUUAGCACCCCUUGGUCAGGCACUGGAUGUGAAACACACUCACGUAAUUUCCUCUCCCAGCUAGGCCAUCCUUCCAUAAUCUCACAUAGCCACUCACUUUGUCCUUGUUCUGGCACCUGACAUACUCUUGACUGAGAUACAGGUGAACACAUCAACUCAUCCUGCCCUGGUUCCCAAUGGUUUGAUCCACUUGUGCUUUCACAUGGCAUCUUAAACAACCCUGGCUCUGACACAGAUAGGCACACACGCUCAUCCAGCCCCGCCUCGCUGUGCAGCUGUUUUUGCCCACUCACACAUGGUAUUGCAGGCACCCCUAGUGCUGGCACAGACACGCACACAUGCUCAAUUUGCCCUCGCUCCCAGCACAAUUGCCGGCAUACACCUUCACCUGUUUCCACAGACACCCCUGGUUCAGGCACAGAUUGAUACACAUUCUGCCCUCCCUCCCAGUGAAGUUGUCCUGGCAAACUUUCACCUUGUACCACAGACAACUCUGGUUUUGGCACAGCCUGGCACACAUGCUCAUUCUGCCCUCCCUCCCAGCAACUUUGUCUUGGCACAUUCUCACAUGAUAUUGCAGACACUUCUGGUUCAGGUACAGACCAGCACACAUGCUCAGUCUGCCCUCCCUCCCAGCACAAUUGUCUGCAUACAUUUUCACAAGUUUCCACGGACACCCCUGGUUCUGGCACAGAUUGACACACAUUCUGCCCUCCCUCCCAGCGAAGUUGCCCUGGCAAACUUUCACCUGAUACCACAGACAAUUCUGGUUUUGGCACAGCCUGGCACGCAUGCUCAUUCUGCCCUCCCUCCCAGCAACUCUGUCUUGGCACACUCUCACAUGAUAUUGCAGACACCUCUGGUUCAGGCACAGACCCGCACACAUGCUUAUUCUGCCCUCCCUCCCAGCACAAUUGUCUGCAUACAUUUUCACAUACUGCCCUCUGCACAGUAGGGCCCCUAUGAGGCUUGGGUUUAUAACAUACAUUACUUUCUGGCACAUACUGUGAUAACAAUCUACCUAAGUCAGUACCAAGUAAUACAUUUGCAGGGAUAUUCUCAUCUACCCCCACAUUUCUGAAACCCUUCCCCACUCCCCAAUCCAAAUAAACUCGUGCCAUUGGCACUACAAGUCGUACCCCCCCAAUUCCUUUAACUGCUAGAGUCCUGCCAGGAAUUAACUCCUCAGAGCGCACUAGCUCUGGACGCACAAGAGUCACAUCUGCCCCAGUGUCCCUGAGUCCCACAGUUACCUCUCUUCCAACUGUCACAGGUUGCAGAUUCACAUUGUUGCUGCCUUCUGAUCUGGUUACAAACAACACAGAGGACGUUGGUUCUGAGGAGCGUCCCUCCCCAGCUGAUGAUGUGCAACACUUGUGCAACAAAUAAAACAUCUGCGACUAUCUCCUUGCGCAGACAUGGCACUAGCUCCCCCUCUCCCUGAGGUAGGAGCUGAAACAAAAGAUGGCCCGCUAGGCCUGGUGAUGGGGAGGCGUGGUGGUGUGGUCCUCCAGCUGGAUGUUCCCUUGGCAAACCCUCUGCUCUGGUCCACUGUUGCUCGGUUGGCAGUGUGGACAUCUGCCAGCUUACCCGCUUCCAAUGCUGUUUUGGGGUUCUGGUCCAGCAGCCAUUCCUGUACAUCAGCUGGGCAGAGCUGCAAAAACUGUUCUUUUAUUAACAGGUCUUGCAAACUUUCCAAAGUGGUAAUCUCCAGCCCUGUAGUCCACUGUCGGAAUGCUGUCACCAGGUGCCCCACAACUGCUGCAUAACUUUCUGUGGGAUGCUUUUGCAAAGUCCUGAAUUUCUUUCGGUACACCUCAGGAGUAAGGUUGUACCGUUCCUGCAAGGCAGCCUUAAUCGCAUCAUAGUCCUGGUCAAAUUCUGCUGGAAGCGCAGCAAAUGCUUCCAGUGCAGGACCUCUGAGACCAGGGGUGAGGUAUUUUGCCCACUGGUCCUUUGGUAGCUGGUACUGCCUGCAAACUUUUUCAAAACUGCGCAGGAAAACAUCCAAAUCACCAUCUUUGUCCAAAGUUGGAAAAUUCUCUGCACGUGGUUUGGGUGCAGAAGAGUCUCUGGAAUUAAUACUUAUAGGGGAGGCAGUCAACCUCUCUAACUCAGCCAUUUUUAGCUCAUGCUCUCUGGCAGCUUGUCGCUCGGAGGCCUCUCUCUCAGCUUGGCGCUCUCUCUCAGCUUGGCGCUCUCUCUCAGCCUCCUGAUACUGAAGGAUAAGCUGUAGUCUUUGGUUUGUGUCUGCUGAGUCCACAUAUUUCAACACAGUUUGUAAGUAACAAUCCAGAGGAUCUCCAGAUCUUGGUACAUCACUGACAAAAGCUACAGGUAUCUCCUCUGCAGUGUUUGAGGCAUCACUUUGCACUGCUUGUUGCAUAUCAUAGUCCACCAGUGCUUGUAAUAGUUCCUCUUUUGUUUUCCCCCGACAGGGAAUAGAUCUCUCCCGGCAAAGCUGGUCUAGCGCUGCCUUGGAUUGCGCCUGGUACUCCAUUUAGUAAAUAAAAGAUAGCAAAGAAAAAACAGAGAAGGAGGGGGGACUGUUGAGGUGUAAAUAUAUUAUAUAUGCACUGAGUUCAGCCUUUGGAAAUUGAGACACAAUUUCUUUUAGUGCCUGGAUUAACCAACAAAUCCAGCAACACUAAAAUCUGGUACAAAAAGAUGAAAAAUCUUUUUAGUUAUCCCACCGCUAUGCCACCAAUUUGUCACGAACGCACCCUACUCCAAGAGUGUGCGUGACGUAGUUGUGGUGGUGAAAGGGUUAAAGUACACUAUUUGUCUGCACUAGACCGGAAAUAAUGACAAAAUCCCCCUUUAACACCACCCACACUUAAACAUAAUAAUAUAACUAUUACUACUUUAACGCUGCCACCACCAAGACAAUUUAUAAAUGGGGUGCCUUGGUCCCCCAGGUAAAUCAAUAAUAAAACCCACCAAAUAUUACUUAGUACAAUAUUUAAGGAAUUAUAAAAAUACUAACUAGUCUCUUCAGGUAACGUGAUUCUUAACCAGACAAAGGCAAAACUUAAUAAAUGAAUGUUUAUUAUGAGCAAAAGAUAGUCACAGUGCAUAUAAAAAUAUAUGAUAAACAAAUUAUUUACACCAACAACAGAUAAAAACAAAAAGGAUAAAAUACAGAAGUCCUAAUUACUCACUUAGGUUUUUCAAAGUACAACUUCUGUCCAGGGGGUCUCUGGCAAGGAAAGAUGGUGACUCACCCAAAAUUAGAUCUUGGCCCCAAGCAAGUACACAAGCACCCUUCAGGAUCAUUAGAUAUAUACCCUGUGGUUUAUCAAGUCUUGCCCAGGGGUGGAGUUAAGGCGUACCUACAGAAAUAAUAACUGACCACCUCCUUUGUUCCAGGCCACUGUCAAUCCAAAUGGAAACAUUUGACUCUAUCUUCUUUUUUGUACCUGCCACAGAAAUAUUAAUUGCAUCUACAAAUUUGUUAUUAUUUUCCCAUUCCAUAGACAUGUUGCACGUCCCACCCACGAUCCAAUAGGACGGACAUCACAAUUCCUUUCCCUAGGGUCAAGUUAGGCCACUCAUGUUUGGACUUGGUUAGAAGAUGGCGCUUGUCACAUUCCAAAUAUAACAAAAAUGAGGCUUAAUUAUUAUUCUGUGGGGGUAAAUAUGAAUGUUUUUGUCCUUCCUUUGGAUAUGAUACUAGAACAAAGCUAAUGGCAUUUACAUAUCAAAGAGAUUUACUUACAUCACUUCCAUUUGGUACAGGCCAAAUGGAUGAAGAGACAUUCAGACUUUUUCCAAGUGUAGAACCUCACACCUUGCAGACUUCACAUCCAUACAGUAAAAUCCUUUUCACAUUCCUAUGCCAUUCACACUACCCCUUCUGUCAUCUGCCCUCUGUGGGGGUCCCAGCUUCAAAAGAUGUAACCCCUGUUGACCUCAGCAAUAGCAUCUCUGUAAUUUGUGCCAUUUACUACAAGAAAUCACAUUAAAAGAUGAUAUUCCAUAGUGUCAUAAUAAAUUAUACACCCUUGCCGUGACACCCCACUCUUCUGUUUCUUUGUCUCCAACUUACCAGGCGUCACUGGGACAGUGCCCAAUGGGAAUUUUUUUUAUGCUCCUAAUAGUGAACAAGGGCAGUAAUCUGAGUGUUAAACAAAAGAGCAGGCUGUAGGGAGAGCAUGUAAAAAAUAGUUUGACAGCUGCCAUACCACACAUGAAACAAUUCCCCUGCAGGAGAGCUUCACAUGCUGCAAUGAACAGCUUGCAUCCCUCCUCGGUAGGCUACCUGGGUUAUACGGAAAGGAAAAGAGAUCAAAAUUAAGUUCCUUCUGAUUAAUGUUGAUAAUCUGAGGCACUUAACCCCUUUAACGCCGUUACGGCGUUCUAUGCCGUCCCGCAUUAAGUGGGCUUUAAAGCCAUUGCGGCGGCAUAGAGCGCCGUAACGGCUUUGAGCCUUGGAGCACCCAGGAUACUUACCUACCCGGCGCUCCGCUUUGGGAGGACUGCCUCACAGCCCAGGCAGCCCUCCCACGGCAAAAGCAGCCCCCGGGGGCCAUGUGAUCGCUCUCAAAUGUCAGACAGUCCCCCUGCUGGUGGGAAAGUAAAAAAAUAUUAUUAAACAUGUUGUAAAAUACAUUUAUAAAUAUAUAAUUGUGUGUGUGUGUGUGUGUGUAUAUGUAUAUAUAUAUAUAUAUAUAUAUGUGUGUGUGUGUGUGUGUACAUAGUGAUUACAUAGUGUAUUUUAAUAUUAAUAUAAGCACAUAUAUUAGUAUUAAAAUACACUUAGAAUGACGUUACACACAUAUAUAUAUAUAUAUGUGUGUGUGUGUAUAUAUAUAUAUAUAUAUAUACACAUAUAAUUACAAUAAUAAAAUAAUAAAAUUAAUAAAUAAAAUAUUGAAAAAAAUUUAAUCUAAAUUAGUCAUAUGUAAUUUCAUUCUAACUGUAUUUUGUUAUUAAAAUAUAUAUAUAUAUACGUAACAAAAUACACUUAGAAUAACAUUCUAUAUAUAUAUAUAUAUAUAUAUAUAUAUCUUUAUAUAAAAUACAAAUAACCGCAAAUAUAUAUAUAUAUAUAUAUAUAUAUAUAUAUAUAUUUAUUUGUGGUCAGGGCAUAAAGCCGUAGAAUUAGUAACCUAAAACAAACCAUGCAUGGAACAAGUCAGUUGGGGUGUGCCGUAACUGACGAGGUAGUAGGCCUGAAAUAAAAGAGGGCUAAAAGAUGUAACCAGUUUAUUCAGACUACAAUACAACAUAGAAUAUCACAUAAUCAUAUUUUUAAAUGCUAGUCGCACUUCUUGUACAGGCUGAGGAAUGUAUCUGGUGUAGAUCGUGGCCUUCCAUCGUCCUAAUAUCUUAAUGAUGUGAGCCGGAAUAUUCCUUUUAGAAGCUGUAGUAGCUGCUCCUAUUCUAAAUGAAUGACCGUAAUAUUUGUCAGGGUUCAAGCCCAACCGAACCAACAACAUCCUUACAUAGAGCAUGAAUUUGCUCGUAGUGAGCGUAUUCCCGUGUAAGGCUAGCAGUGAUUGGGUUGGAGCCGAGGGAACUAUUACCAGUGGGGUAGUAGGUAAUAGUGACCAUCUGACCCUUCAUAACUGUUUUUGUAUGUUGUAGGGACAGUAAAUAGUGAUUGUGUGCUUUUACCAGGUUUGACCUUGUGAUAAAAUUGGUGGUGCAGUAGUUAGAGGUGGUAAAUUCUUUGGGCCGAAGGAAAGCGUAGAAAGCUAAAUAGAUGGCUGUUUUAAUUACCAGAUUAGUGUGAGUUUCAAAUGGUGAAGUGUCUAACAGGUUUGACAGUGACUGGAACAGGAGAUUGUGGAUGGGUAAUCUGGAUGGUGUGGGCGUAGGGGUGGAGUCCUUGAUACCUUUUAAGUAAAGCUUUAACUUGGUAAGAUGACAGAAAGCGUUGUUUAUUAGGCCAAGUAGUGAGGAUGUGAUGUUGAAUACCGGUGAUGUAUAACUUAAUAGUGUUGAAUGAUAGUGUUAGGUGAAGGUGGCAAAAGGAAAUGAACGCAAUCAUUGUUUCCAUGGAAAAUUGUUCUGUGAUCUUGUAGUCAAGCAGAAACGUAUUAAAGAUAUGAAAGGCCCUGCCGUAUGCCUUCCUGGUGUUAACCGAAAGACCCAUUUGAGAGAGUUGCUGCCCUUGAGUGAGUAGUUCCGUUAGUCCCAAACCAUCUCCUGCCACCGCGGCGCUGGAGUUGGUAUCUGGGUAGCUGUUGGUAGUGCCGCCCGGAAUUCCUGAAAUCGAGACCGAGAUAAAUGGUCAGCAGCGAUAUUCAGAACCCCGGGAACAUGUAUGCACGUUAAGAAGUGGAACGUCCCUUGUUUACAAUAUGGCAUGUUGCCAUGUUGUCCCAGAAACAACGCACCGUAUUCCCAGACCAGCAUGCACCCCAUUUAACUGCGAUCGGGUAGAGCUCAAAUAACGCCAAAGUGUCUUUAAACUUGGGAAUCUCAUUAAUUUCCACUGGCCAUAUACCCCACAUCCAUUCAUUGCCAAACAUUGCGGCAAAUCCCAAAAUACAGACAUGACCUAUCCUUCCAUACUGGAAUGAAAAUGCUUUUUCCAUUCCAGUGCAGCAAGAAUUCCCUCCACAUGCUUAGGUCAGCGGUAGCAUGAAGGUUACUUUCUACGGAUAAAAAAUCAUCCGGAUAAUGGAUAACGGUAGUGCAUUUACAUAUGUUAAGCAGCAUCCAGCACAACGUCUCAGCAAAUAUAUAAAAAAUCCUGGGGCUGCUCUUAGACCCAAAUGUGAGACGCGUGAAAAAAUAUGAAUCAUGCCACUUAACACCAUGUAAAUGCCACAGGGACGGAUGGAUAGGGAGUAACUUAAAUGCGUUCACUAUGUCCUUUUUACUAAGCCAUGCCCCCACUCCCGCCGAGAGGAUGGUCGUGAUGGCAUGGUCUACGGUUGCAUAUUGGAGAGAAAAUUCCUCAGAUGGUAUAAGUGAGUUAAGACUUGGGGACAGGGACGCAUGGGGAGCAGAGAGGUCCAGAAUCAACCUUUGCUUAUUGGAGGAUUUACUUGUGAGUCCUAUGGGGUUAGUUCUCCAAAACGCUAAAAAGGCGGGGAGUCGAAAGGGCCAAUUAGAAACCCUUGGUUAAUUUAUUUUUGUAGAAGUAGGUCAAUUGUGUCGGGCGCUGCUUGGGCAGUCUGCAAGUUCUUACAUUCUAGGAUCCCAGUAGCCAUGUGCACAAUACCAAAACCCCAAAGUGAACCAUGCCACCAGAAAAUCUACGAGAUGUUGUGAUGGGUGAUCACACAAUAACUCUUUCAGCAGGGAGACAUUAAGAGAUGAAAGGUACUGCUUGGGAUAUAAUUUAUUCAGACAAAUGACCUUAGAGUGAGCCCUGACGCAUUGGGAGCAGACAUGCAGUAGUCUGCAAGCACUGUAGCCGCAAGUGCCUGUGUUAAAAUUAUUACAAAUUUGAGAUUUCCCCAAAAACACAAUAUCACGUCCCAGUUUAUCCUUCAGUACCUUGCCUGUUCUCCCAGUGGGCAUCAUAUUUGUAGGAGGGGGAUAGAGCAUUCACCUCUGGGGAGUUAGGGCACAAAUUUGCCAUGUGUGAGUUGGACGCACAAAUGGCACAAGCUGUGGUUUUGAGGCCCGUAAAGUGUCUGCAAAAAAGCUCCGUAUCAAGCACCCCCCAAUCCGCUUGCUAAUUAAACUGGGAUAGAGCAGCCGACACCUUUUGCGGAAAAUGCACGGUGGUAGUCGUAAAACGACGUGCCACCGUACUUGUGCCCCAAAUCCGCCAGCUUAUGGAGAUAGAGAUCCAACUAUCGAAAGUAUCCAACUAUCGUCUCUAUAGAUCCCGAAAGACAACACAAAUUCGGGUAAGGAUAGCUUGCGAUUCAAUCUAGGGUCCCUAGAUUUUAACACUACAGACACGUCCCCAUAUGCAUAAGUUUUAUUUUCAAGGACAUCUUGAGAAGCAAUGAGAAGUGAUACUAGAUUGAUAUCCUUCCCUUCCAAGAUGUCCUCCUUGAUGCUGGCAGACACCAUGUGUGCCGAAUUAAUAAUAUGCAGGUCUUUCAUACCAGUUGGAAUAUUACCCGUUAGGUGGUCUGGGCGAACCGUAGCGACCGGAUGCCCUAGUUCUUAAGAUGACCGUUGCUGUCUAUCUGCAUCCAUCUUAUCAAGUUUGGCCGUAAUACGGCCCAAGGAAGUCAGGACUGAAGAUAACACAUUAGGUAGAUCAGUCGACUGGCUACCACUAGACCCUUCACCCGCCCCCGAAUUAUCAGUCUGAGUAUUCAACAGUCUAUAUAAUUCGGCUUUCCUAGCCGUAGCAGGGAAGGGAAUGUUCCUUUUCCUCAGUUCGGCAGUGAUCAUAGGAAUGGUCCAUGCCCUGAGUGAUGCAGGGCUUGCUGUGUCGUCACCCCGGGAAGGAGUGACUGAUCUAGCCGGUGUACUGGGAAUGGACACAUCUUCCCCGCCUUCAGGUAGUUGUGACAUGCUACAAAACAAAAUAACAUGUUACCUGGGGCACUACCCGACUGGCUGAUGUAACUAAUGCCAAACGGCGAAACUAUUAUGAAAUAACGUGACGGGUGAGGCCCUGCUAGUUGCCAAGCGGCUUUGAGAGGCACUAUCUAUAAUUUGGCUCGUGUGGGGUACGUGGCCAUUGACAUUAUGGCGGGGUGAUGGCCUCUCUGUGACUUGUAAAAGCAUAAGAAAGAAUGGGAGUGACAAGUGAGGCCCUCUCUAUGCAACCAAGCGAGGCGGCUACCUAUGAAUUGGCCCGAGGGAAUGUCGUACCUCCGAAAUGAGGAUGGGGGUUGGCCUCGCGGGACCACUAACGUAAGGCUUAGAAGGCCAGAAACUUACCUAGAGGCUCAUGUUCUUAAAUGCCAGUAUAGCCCUGUACUAUGAACCCGAAAGGGUAGGAAGGAGGGGGGAAAUUGUUGAGAAAUCAUGACGUACCUGCUGAGCAAAUUGCAAGGUAGUAGUAAGAGGUGAAACAGGUGUUCUGUAGUAACCUAUGAAAGGAAUAGUGAGUUUCCGGGUUUAUGAUAAUAUGCAACCCUCCUAGCCCCCUGCUAACAGGAUACCUACCGAUAUAUUCCGACCGUAGGGGACUGGAACCAAAUACUCCAAAGGAGUAAGGAUGACCUAAACCUAGUAAUACAGAAAAAAUACACAUAAGUACCUGGCCCUUGUGGGAUCCUGAGAGUAUAAUAACUAAAGAUUACUGAUAUAGUGAUGUCCCAAACGGUUCGGCGAACAUAAACAUAAACUUUGACCCUGUACCUCACAGUCAGCAGACACAUUCCAGCCAAUCAGCAGCAGACCCUCCCUCCCAGACUCUCCCACCUCCUGGACAGCUCACUAAGAAUGCAGCUUCAAAAUGGAUGCUGUCCAGGAGGUGGGAGGGUCUGCUGCUGAUUGGCUGGAAUGUGUCUGCUGACUGUGAGGUACAGGGUCAAAGUUUAUGUUUAUGUUCGCCGUCCGUGGCGAACCAUUCGGGACAUCACUAAUUACUGACCUAUAUGAGGUGAAAAAUUGGUAUAGUAGCAGCACAAUGUGGAUGCUGUUGAGACUGAAAAAAAGUCAAAAAUUACUGACAUGCAACAGAUUCCUUAGCACCUAAAUAUAUAUGUCCUAUAACAAUUGCAGACAUAUGAUACUCUUAGCUGUGGUACAUAUAGUGUACGUGUUUGGACCUUUGAGAGCUUGAGACGUAAAAAUGUGUAUAGAAAAUGAUUCCAUCUCUAGUAACCAUCUGCUGAUUCAUUCAAUAUUUCAACGUAGCCCAUGAGUGCCACAAACUUAUCAAGCCAUACGACCCUACCAGAACCCCUAUUUUCAGUAGUAACUAUCCUUAUCCCUAUGUGAAAAUAAAUUCCCAGCACUAAGUCAUAACCAUUAUGACCACCAGGGGUCAGUCAGACAUGUAAAAAUAAACAAAAUAAUGUAACUACAAACUGUGAAAAAAAAUAAAAUAUAAGACCUGCUAUAACCUAUUCAGCCGCCAGAGGUCGCCCUAAAACCAAAACCAGUCACUAAAAUAAUAUAGUAUUCGGCAAACGAACGGUAAAGCAAGCCGUAAUUUAUAACCUACCGAUACCGAAUAAUCUAACGAAUUGUACAACAUUUAACCGAAUGCAUGGUAAUGUAGAUAGCCGACAAUGCGAAAUACAGUGCGCCUGUAGACCCCCCUUUGACGUCAUCGGCCGCGCCGUUAGUGCGACGACCGCAACUUACGUUUUUUUGACAGGCUGCGAGCCUGAAAGCCCCUGAUAUCGUGUGUCUGCCUGCAAAGUCAGACAGCCGUGCUAGAAGCAGUUUGGACCUCCAGGAAGCUGCCCACGAGCUGAAGAUGAGAGACAGCUGUUUGGCCGGACCGGAAGUGACGACCACACGAAAUCCCCAGACCUAAGACAGUACUGAGAGAAGGGCUGGUGCUCCUUAAGAAGGGGAACCAAGCCCCUCCCACAACUUCAGGCCCUGCCUUCUAUAUAUAUAUAUAUAUAUAUAUAUAUAUAAUAUAUAUAUAUAUAUAUAUAGAGAUAAAUACAUAUAAUUACAUAAAAGAUUACAUUAGUAUACACGUAGAAUUUAAAUACCUAUAAAUGCAUAUAUAUUAAAAUUCUACGUGUAUAUUUAAGUAAUAUUUUAACAUAAUUAUGUGAUUUGAUUAAUUAAACUUUGAUUGCCAUGCCUGACAACACAGGGAGAAAGUGCAGAGAAUUUAAUUCGCAAGCACUAUAUUUGACCCUGUAACUCUCCAAAACACCAAAAAACCUGUACAUAGGGGGUACUGUUUUACUCGGGAGACUUCGCUGAACUCAAAUAUUAGUGUUUCAAACUGGUAAAUUGUAUUACAACAAUGAUAUUUUAAGUAAAAGUGACUUUUUUUGCAAUUUUUUUUACAAACGAACGGCACUUUUAUGGACUAUAUUAUUGUUGUAAUAUGUUUCACUGUUUUAAAACACUAAUAUUUGUGUUUAGUGAAGUCUCCCGAGAAUAACCGUACCCCCCCAUGUACAGGUUUUAUGGUGUUUUGGAAAGUUAGAGAGUCACCUAUAAGGCUUGCAUUUAAUUUUUUUGACAUUGAAAUUUGCCAGAUUGGUUAUGUUGACUUUGAGAGCGUAUGGUAGCCCAGAAAUGAGAAUUACCCCCAUGAUGACAUACCAUUUGCAAAAGUAGACAACCCAGGGUAUUGCACGUGGGGUAUGUCCAGUCUUUCUUAGUAGCCACUUAGUCACAAACACUGGCCAAAUAUUAGUUUUUUGCUUUUUUCACCCAAAAACAAAUAUGAAUGCUAACUUUGGCCAGUGUUUGUGACUAAGUGGCUACUAAAAAAGACUAAACAUACCCCACUUUCAAUACCUUGGGUUGUCUACUUUUUAAAUGGUAUGCCUGUUAAUGAGGGGUACUGUUGUACUCGUGAGACAUCGCUGAUGACAAAUAUGUGCAUUUUUUUGCAGUAAAACCUAUCAGUAUUAUGACAUUCACAGCUAAAAUGUCAGACGGAAAUACAAAUUUAAAAAAAAAAAAUCUUAUUUUCUCACAUUUUUUUUAAAUCUUAUUCAUAUAUGAAUAGUUAAUGAUAAAUUAAAGCCCUGUUUCUCCUGAACAAAAUUAUAUAUAAUAAGUAUAGGUGCACUUAAUGUGACAGCGGUGAAUUACGGUUGAACAGACAUAUAGCGCAAAUUCCAGUUUUUGUUUACGUUUUGUUUUGAUCAGAACGUGCACUAUUGACUCCGUCCUGAAGGGGUUAAAAAAAAAAAAAUACAAUGAAGUUAACAACGUACUGAUAUUCUAAUUAAUAUAUUCAUAUAGUGAAUACAUUAAACCCAUUUUAAUUUCCUGACUCCCUUAGCUUUUUCCCAUAUGUCAUUGACAUAGUAGUAAGGACUGCAAAGCAUAUCAUGCACCUACAGUAAAUGGUAGGAAUUGCAUUAGUCAUUUCUGGGCAGGAAACAGAUUUUAUAACUGCCCUGUCUGUUUUACUUAUUAUGUUGCAGGAGGAGGUUUGCAGCAGUGGGAAUCUUUUAGACAUCUGGCAUAGGGCUUGACAUUGUGAACCCAGAUUUACAGGUGUGGAUAGAUCGGUAUAAACUAUGUGCACUGUUGCACUUGGCCUAGUGCUUUCCAUAGGAAACAUUGAAUUGUAGGGUGUGUAUUUGUGCGACAGCAACAACAGGCUGACUCAUGGUCAUUCCAAGCGAUACUUCCAAAUUUUCUAUAAAGGAAUACUGGCUGAAAAUUUUAAUUGUCCUUCUCACCACAAAGUGAACAGUGACAGGAAAGAGUCCCAUUCAAUUUACAAAUAUAUUGCAAUAAAAAUGGGGGUCAACUCCAGCCAGGAAUGUUAAGUGAAGCCUCAAUAAUCACUUCCAUAGUUUUGAUAAAAGAGGAGAGCAACCUAUAAAUCUGCAAAGAAUGAACAACAAAUAACAUAAUAUGUCUUCUUAAUAUUCUGUUUUUUCCUAAGGAGCCACAGAGGGUAUAGGGAAAGCAUAUGCAGAAGAGUUGGCUCGUAAGGGACUCAAUGUCAUUCUGAUUGGUGGCAACAAAGAAAAGUUACAAGUGGUGUCACAGUCCAUUGCUAAAACUCAUAGAGUUAAAACAAGCUUUAUAGAAGCCGAUUUUAACAAGGGAAGAGAAGUGUAUCCUCCCAUUAAGGAGGCCCUUGCAGACGUCAAUAUUGGCAUCUUGGUGAAUAGUGCGGAAUAUUUGGAGUAUCCCCAGCGUGCAACUGAGGUUCUAGAAGACAAACUGUGGGAGAUCAUCGAUGUGAAUGUUGCUGCAGCUACAAUAAUGGUGCAUAUAGUAGUGCCGGGUAUGGUUCAGCGGAAAAAGGGAGCUAUCGUGAAUGUGUGCUGCUGUUCCUGCUGCAGAUCAGCUUCCCAGAUGGCUAUGUACUCUGCCUCCAAGGUAAAAUAUGAGAAAGUGAGUAUGUGUGUUUGUGUUGACUGUCUCACCCCUGCAGGUGUUUUUUUUUUUGUUUUGUAUUCCUCAUUAAUGGGUUCUCUAUUAGAGGCCUGGGAGUCUGAGGGUUCUGUACAGUAUUCUUCUGGACAGAGAUGGUUCCAGCUAAAGAGGGAGUAAAGAUGGCUACCCCAUGUAGCAAAGACAGAAGUUGCAUUAAAAACAGUUAUUAACUUAUAUAUACAUUCAAAUAAUGCACAGUGAGGUAUAUUACAAUUAAUCUUGUACUUUACAUAAUAAUAAACCUUACCUUUGAUCCAAAAAAGUGCAAAAUGAACCAGAAAUAACAGAAGUGCAAUUUGAAAGUAAAUAUGUAAGAAACAGUUUGUGGAAAUAAGAAAGCAAUACUUAAAGGAACACUCCAAGCACCAUAGCGGUUAUGGCGCUAGGAGUGCCCACCCCAAAGUAAGUAGUCAAACUAUUAUAGUACAGUUUGAUAACUUACCAGGGUUCCUCCUGGCGCCAGUCCUGUCCGGCAGGAGUAGCCAUCAAAUCAAUCUAUAAAGAAAAAAUCCAUAGAAUCCAUCUAUAGGGCAAAAUAGGACCAUGCGAGAUGGAGCUCAUUGGCUAAGAGGGCCAGCUGGGUCCUCUUAGCCAGUAAGUGCAGUCCUGUGUAAGGUGUACUUUAUUCCAUAGGGACAUAUGACUUCUCAUACAGUAGAAGUCAGGAUUAGUUGUGAGCUUCUGGGAGAUCCAGGUAAUUUGUCAAACCGUACUAAAAUGGUUUGACUGCUUACAAUUAGACCGUGCCUCGGAACUCCUGGCACCAUAACUGCUACAGUGGGCUGUAAUGGUUAGUGUUCUGUGCCUGGCAUCUCUGGCAGAUGUAAUUUCAAUAUGAAUGCUUAAAGAAAAACGACAGUGGUAGGAAUAGAAACAGUAUUUUUAACACUGUAGUGUUCUACUCCCAAUUUAGCUUCAGAGCCCGUCUAAAUAAAAUUUGAAAAAAGUGGAAAAACGGUUUUGCUUACACUUUUGCCUGCAACUCAUUCCAUGCAGCGACCAACUCCACUUCCUGUGACAUCACCCCAUAUGCUGUCUCAUCUUUAGGACUUAAGGAGGUCCCUUAAUAUCUAUGUUUAGAAACUGAUUUACACGCAGGCAGGGUUAUUCACUAAAAUGAGAAUUGUUGGGAAUUGUAAACUUUUAGACCAAACUAACCAAACUGGAAGCAUAGAUGACUUGGAAAAGAUUUCCAAUUCGUAUAUUUUGGCAUUAAAUUUGAAAUUCCAUGCAAUAUACACUUAGAUAACCCUGUUAAUAAUAUCUGGGUUCAUUUUAUUUGUAAUAAUACCUUGGCAAAUUCUUAUUUUCCUUUCAAAUUUCAGGUUUAUUUAGAUGCAUUUAGCCUGAAACUUCAGUCUGAACUCUCUCCUAAAGGCAUCUUUGUGCAGUCACUGAUACCACUUUGUGUGGCAACAAACUGUACAACUUCAAUCAAAGUUGUACAUCGUCUUCCUUUUCUUGUCCCAGCACCAGAGACCUAUGCACGUCACGCUGUACGAACACUUGGUGUUUCGACUAGGACAACGGGAUAUUGGGUUCACUCUAUCGAGGUAAUUACAAAAUGCAUGCCCAGGUGAAAAACUCAUUCUUUAUUUAAGAAAGUGGUGAUGACAAUAGAUGCAGCAACAGUUCCAGAAAGGAUAAAUUCACCAGAACCCUGGUAGUCCAUACAGAAUAAUUUAUUUUGUAUUUUUGUAGUAAAGUAGCCAAUGUUCAUUGUACCAAUUUGAUAUUAUUUUAAUAGUAUAUUUAAAAUUGCUGAUGCUGUUUUAUUUUGGCAGAGCAGGACUGUUUCUCCCUCCCCACAUAAUGUAUACUUCUCAUGCUAUACUUGUACUCCUCCUGCGGUAUACUCAACUGAAGCAAGACUGAGUAGUCAUGUCUUAAAUUUCUAUAAAAUAGAUUUUUAUUUUCCAUUCACCUGAACUGUAAAUAUGGGCAUGGAUAGUCUAUAUCAGGCAUAGGUAACCUUCAGCACUCCAGAUGUUUUGGACUACACCUCCCAUGAUGCUUUGCCAGCAUUAUCUGUGUAAAAGCAUUAUGGGGGAUGUAAUCCACAACAUCUGGAGUGCCAAAGGUUGCCUAUCACUGGUCUAUAUUAUUUUGAUAGUAAUUUGUUUCUGUUGCUUUAAAGACACUCUGCCCAAAUAAAAAAAAUAAAAAAAACAACCCAUAAAAAUGAUUGCUUAGUGGCUAUGCCUCCAAUUAAAACAUGCAUGCAUUUAAUAAUGCAUUUUUUUUCCAUUGGGGGUAUAGCUAAAAUCAGCUUGUAAAAAGCUGCAGAUAUCUUGUCUGCAGCUUUUACAUAACCUUCCCUUCUAACCCAGCCCAGACUUUCUGUGGUUGUCCAAUCACAGACUUCCCAAUGUAGUCUUUGCGGAGCAGGUGCUCUGGGAUUGCAAUUCCUGCUUCUUGAGUUUAACUCCACGGAGCUGAACAAUCCUAAAGUAACAGGAUCAGCUGUCUGACAGCUCACGGAGUGUAAACAAGUUUAAUUUAUAAAAGUGUCAAUUUCUAUUGAAAUCUGCUCUUUGUAAAAUGAAAACAAGAACACUCUUCACACAUAAAGCACUUUAGCAAACUAUAGUGCUUUAGGGGUCUGGAGUGUCGCUUUCAUUUAUUUUGAUAUUCAAUGUGUAGCAAUAAUGCAGCUAUUUUUAUUUCCAAUAGCAGUGAAAUGUUUAAGAGCACUUCCUUGGCAAUUUCAUGGUCUGGGGUAGAUUUUGCUUGGGGUAGACGCCUAGAUUUUUAAAAUGAUUCAAUAGUGUUGGAAAAAUGUAAAAAAAAAAUGUUUUAUCUUCAAAAAUUCCCAUAGACUUUGACUUCUGUAGGAAAAUCAUUUGUUCUAACAGUAUUGAAUAGUCUGGAAAGCUUAUUAAAUCAACGCCAUAAGUAAUCAUUGUCUGGUUCUUUGUACCAAAAAAAAGUAUGCCUGUGCUUAUUUCAGAGGCAGGCCAUCUAUUAAGGAUUAUGAGAGGCUAGUCAGUCUUGAAAUUCUUAAGGACAAAAAUCUGAAAUACAAGGUUUCAUAUAGUUUCUGAAUGAAUAGUUCUCUGUGUACAUGUUUGUAAGUGGCUAGUUAUGCGUGUAUAGCUAAAAUAUGUGUUUGUGCGAAUAAGGAUGCCCUGCAAAAGUGUUUUUUUUUCUUCUUGGGGUGCAUUAAGUGGAGGUAUGCUGGGUGGGAGUCCAGCUGCUAGUUCGAUGAUUGAGCAGUACUUACACUGAUAAGGUUGCUGAUAUCAAUAGAUAUUUUAUUAUAAGAGAGGUGUGUAAAUAAAGGCAGGCUUAAAGUGACACUCCGGUCAACAUAACAACUUCAUCUAAAGUAAGUUGUUAUAGUGCCGGGAGGCUCUGCGUACACUGGUCAAACGUUUAACUCCAAAAGUUGCCUCCAGCGCAACAUUCUAUGCCAAUCAAUAGCUUCCCACUGAUUAAAAAAAAAAAAUGGAAGUAUCUCUUUCCUUUAUUUUUUUUUAUAUAUCAGUGGGGGUGCUACUGAUUGACUUAGAGGGUCAGCUGGCUGCUCAAGCCAAUCAGUGGCACCCCUGACUGGCGGCACCAUGCUCUUCCUGUAAUAUUUAGAUGAAGUUAAUUGUUAUGGUGACCGGAGUGUCCCAUUAAUGCACAGAAUGUUGCAAAGGUUUUUCUUGAAUGUUUUAUUGCAUAACAUUGUUCCUUUAAAUAAUCCGCAGUCAAUUUGUUUAUAACUCUUUUCUCUUUAAUCCUACAGUUUCUUGCUGCACAGUGGAUUCCUAGUUGGAUGUAUCUUUUUCUUGGAAGGUUCCUGUGUUCUUCAAACCUCUAAGUACACCUUACCCACAAGGAAGAAUAUGAUGUUCUUUCAAGAACCAUUUCUAUGUGGAUAUAGCUAACUGGAUAAACUUGUAUUCCUUUUAAGGAUGAUGAAUUAAAAAAAAAAAAUUCACUGAUGGACAGUGGUAUGAAAUUGGACUUACAAGCCUUUGUGGCAACACCACUUGGUCAAUGGAAUACUAAUAAUCAUCACUCAAAUGAGAAUAAAAUAUGUUCUGCUGUUUCAAUCAUUCUGUUAACAAUUGCAGCCAGUCCAAUUGAUUGUUAUUCUGGUAAAAAUCACUAAAGUAGAGAUUUUUAUUUCUUCCCCUUUCCUACAAACAAAUUGCAAUCCAUCAUGGAAAAUGUAAUCUAUAACAUUUGUAAUGGGCAAGGUUGCUUGUCUUUAUUGUUUAACUAUUUUAUAGGAUGUCAUAUGUAUUAAUAACUAGCAUACCUGUGAACUGCUCAUUCCUCUUCGGAGUAUUCACAUCGAUUUACUCAGAGAAACGUAUAGAGCCUGCGACUACGUUAUCCACUUGUGCAACUUUCACACAAAUAUAUAUAUAUAUUUUUUAAAACAAUCUUUAUUUUAGUUUUCAGUUUUUCAAGAAAUUGGAUAUUAUUAAAUGUAACGUACAUUGCAGCGUAAUAGAAUGGUAAACAACAUUACAAUCAGUUAAUAGAGCAUCUCAUUGCAAGGGUACAGAGUUUUGACAGGUUGCGUCUAUAUAUUUUGCUAAUCAGAGGUUUGAAGUGAUUCAAGCAAUCACGGGUUGGGUCUGGCAGUGCCCGCUAGCAGUUAGUUGACAAUGUUAUCCUGCUUCCCGAGAAUGGCAUUAAAGAAAGCAGUGAUUGGGGUCUGUGCACUUGAGGGGGAGGGUAGAAAAGAGGGAAGGAGGAAAUAGGCUUGGUAAGGAAAAGGAGAGGGAAAAAAAAAAAACAGGGGGCGGGGGGGAAGAGAGGGGUAACAGUCAAUCAGUUGUGUGUUGUCUCGGCACUAUGGGACGUGAGCAGUUUGUCGUUUAAUUAGCUACAUUCCGCUGAGAGAUGUAAUCUGUCCAUGGGAACCAGGUCAUGGCACAUUUGUCUGAGUGGCCUUUCAGAGCCGCGAUCAUCAUUUCUGCACUGUGGAUUUCCUCUACCUUCGUAACCUAUUGCUGGAAGGUGGGCACCACUGACUGUUUACACAAAUAUUUUCAAUGGACUGUAAUAUUUAUAUUGUGGGCCUCUGCUACAAUAUUUAGUCAGCUUACUGUUCACAUUACCCACGUUUGUUAGAUGAGCUGGGUCUUUAACCAACAGAACAUGUCAUCAGACCAAGGGUUCUGAUUGUAUAGAAAUAAAGUCACUACAAAGAUAGGACUAGUAUGUUCAUGUGUCUUCUCAAUACUUUAUGUCCAAUCAUACUGAAAAAAAUGCACUUCACAAAAUAAGGCAUUGUAACAAAGUUACAGUGUUUGAAAAGUAAGAACUGUUUAUUUUAAAUAUACAGAACUACAAUACUUUAAACCACAAAGGUUAUGGUGCAGAGGGUACCUCGUUUUUGCUUAAAAUGUCAACAUUUAAAGACCUGCAGCUAUAAACCUUCCUCCUGGCGCUGCUAACUCCUUCCAGCCCAGUUUACAAAACUGCUAAUCGGGCUGUAAAUAAACUAAUCUAUUUAUAAGUGAUAUACUUAUCAGCUUAUAAAACUGUUCUACUCAUCAAAUAUGAUGAUGGGAAAUGCAGCUGGAAAAAUAAACUACUUAUCCCAUAAACGUAUGCUGAACAGUUUUUUAGGGGACUUGCAUCAGUCGUGCUUUAUACUUAAAAAAACAAACAAAAAAAAAUCCACAAAAUGCAUAUCUUAGUAGGGGUGCUGCUGUGGUGACCAAAACAUACAAAAUACAGAUUAAGGGAAGUAGCAAAUCUUACAAGGUUACUUAAAAUCCCCUUUCUUCGCAAACAAACAUGGAGAUUUGGUUACACCAUAUUCAUGCCUUUAUUAUAGUAGUGGGCUUAACACAGUAUGGUCAUAUAGUGUAAACAAAUCCCCAUAAAUUGUGAUAAUAAUAGUAAGUAGUGUGUGUUUACAGGGUAAUCGAUGUUAAAAUGGUCAGUGUGUGUAUGUGUUUGCAGGAAUAGUGAAUAGUAACUGUGUACAUACAGAGUUAUGCAUGUGGAUGGUACAAUAUCCAUCUGUGGAUAUGGUGGUGAUCCUUGUGCUUGUUUGAAGACGUCUUUCACAAUUGUGGUGGUGUUCUUAGUUGGUGUGCCGCAGUCUGGCAUUCAGAUGUCCUCAGUAUACAGGAAGGGGAAUAAAAACAGAAUAUAGUGCUCUCUGUAUGUUUUUAAAAGAAUAAAAGCAGAUAAAAACAGGUAUACUCACAAACAGAGAGCAAAUAUAGGUAUUGCUCAAUCCCAAUAGGUGGUAUAAUCUCCACCAAGGAUGUCGCUGCGUGAGAAUUAUACCACCUAUGCCUAUUGGGAUUGAGCAAUAAAUAUAUUUGCUCUCCGUUUGUGAGUAUAUCUCUUGUAAAAAAAAAAAGAGAUUUGUAAAAACUGCAAUAAUUAGAUGCUCAGGGUUAAGAGUGAUGGGAGUUUGCACCCAGACCACUUCAAUGAGCUGUGUCCCUUUAAGGACACAAGCAAUUUAUGCUGUUUGUGUUCAACUGCAAUUUGCAUCUCGCUCAUCUAUUGCACCAACACAUGUUAUAUACCGUUGUUAAGGGCUUUAAUUCGAUGUUAGAUAUACAUUUAUAAAUUCUCAUUAAUUAUAGAAAAUAAUGCUAUAAAAUGGGGAAGAAAACAAUAAUAACGUUUGCAUAAUAUAUCCAGCUUAGAAAAAAAGUUAUUCCAAAUAAACUCAUUUAUGUGUCUUGAUUUAUAGAGCACAUAAUAUGUAUAGGAUUUCCGCUUAUUUUGAAAGUUACAGGUCACAAAAUACUAGGACUAAAAUAAAAUUUCAAUGUGAAACAA